AUGUUGGCCGUGGAUCCCGCCCGUCUCAAGCAAUCCUACUACCAGGCCAUGGACCCGACUCUAGUGGAUAUCUUCCCAUUCCCGGUGGACAGUGCUCCCCAAUACGCCCCAACUCUCACCCGCGUCUCCCAGCCUUUCUAUGAUACCCCGUCUGUAUACGAGUCCGACGUCCACAACCCUUCCAAUUUCUCUUCUAUGCCCGCUACUCCCCCCCUCUCAUCAGGCCCGUCCAUUGCAAGCGCAUCCUCCUCAGCCAUUGGCUCGCCAUACUCGGGGACUGCUCAGGCCUUCCAGGACAACUGGGUCAAUACCAACCACGGCUUGGGUCUGCCCACGGCUGUGAUGAACGAUUUAUUUCCUAAUGAAUUUGUGGGGAGCACCGUCGACUUGGACGGGCUCUACCAAGAAAAGUUUCCUGACACGUUUGUUGAUCCUUCCCUGAUCCAGCCCGUCCAAUCUGGCCCCGGAUUCUCUCCGCCCACCAUCUCCUACCCCGAACAACCCAACCCUCCCUACUCUGCGGUCCCCCCCAACUUCAUCCCCCAAUCUCCCGCUGCAUCGCCUGUCCCCUACAGCGACAAUGCAGAGCCGCACCCGUCCCCCCGGUUACAUCCGGGGUCGCGGUCCGGGCCGUCGCCGCUGAUGAUGCAUGCCAACUCGCACUCGCGCCCCGUGUCCGUCUACGACCGACGGUCGUCCAUCUCGUCGAUCCGGUCGCGGCACUCGCAGCACAGCCCGGCGCUGAGCAGCAUUGAUGCCGACGACGAGACCAAGGAAAAAGGCCGAUGCCCACACCCGGACUGCGGGCGGAUCUUCAAAGAUCUUAAAGCCCACAUGCUCACGCACCAGUCCGAACGCCCAGAGAAAUGCCCCAUCGUGACGUGCGAGUACCACACCAAGGGCUUCGCGCGCAAGUACGACAAGAACCGCCACACCCUGACCCACUACAAGGGCACGAUGGUGUGCGGCUUCUGCCCGGGCUCGGGGUCUCCCGCUGAGAAGAGCUUCAACCGCGCCGACGUUUUCAAGCGCCAUCUGACCGCAGUGCAUGGCGUCGAGCAGACCCCGCCCAACUGCCGCAAGCGCAGUCCAACCGGCUCCACCAAGCGCGGCAUGAACUACGGCAGCGAUGCCACGGGCAAGUGUUCCACUUGCUCGGCGACGUUCAGCAACGCCCAGGACUUCUACGAGCACCUGGACGACUGCGUGCUGCGCGUCGUGCAGCAGGAAGAGCCCUCCGAGGCCAUCAACCAGCAGCGGCUGGCCGAGGUGGCCUCGGACGAGGAGGUGCAGAAGACCAUGGAAAAGCACCAGCUCGUCGACGCGGCCGGCUCCUCCGUCGACCCCUUCGAUGAACACGACGACGACGAUGAUCACGACUCUCACGACCCCGCCAGUUGGCGCUCCGGCCGCGGCGGCCUGAAAUCCUCCAAGGGUGCCACCGGCAGCUCCGCGGGGUCCUCGCGCGCCAUCAUUAGGACUGGCAGUGCCGUCUCGAAGCAAUCUUCGUCAUCUGCUGCCACCAAGGCGCCCCGCGCCGUGGCGACUCGCCGCCGCAACAACCGCGGCAAUUACCCGCAGUCCUGGGGCUGCCCCAACAGCAGCAUGAAGACCAAGAAGCGCGUGCUGUGUGUAUUUGACGGCCAGCGCCGCCUGUCCGUCUCCGUCUCCCCGGCGCCGCCGGUGCCUCCCCACCGCGAUGCCUACGUCACCGACCUCGACGUCGAGACCAUGAAGCGUGCCGAGGGUGUGCUGAGUGCCUCCGAUGCCGAGCGCGGGCCCUGGAUUGAUGGUCCCUCGCCGCAUCUCAUGGGGCAGCCGGCCAUGCUGCUGCCGGAGCUGGGACACUCGCACGAUGACGAGGUUUCCCUUAACGAAUUGAUGGCCUAA